AUGUUCAAUUUUUAUCAAUUGUCCUGCCUCUUCUGGCUGCUGCUUCUCCUCCUCGCCACCCACGCUCACGCUCUCGCCGCCGAUGGCUUAUUACAACAAACCACCAGUGCCGAUCUUACCAUUGCCACAUUUGCCAAUCACCCCCAAGAAGACCACAACCACGACCACCAUUUGGAACCCCGCCAGCAGCAGUCGGCCGGCUCGUCCUGCUCCGACGAGGGCCAGUGGAACUGCAUGACCAGCUCCUGGCAGCGCUGCGCCGCCGGCCGCUGGAGCGUGGUGAUGCAGUGCGCCCGCGGGACGACGUGCCACCCCGCGGGCUUGGCGCGGGAGAUGCGCAUCCAGCACGACGGGAGCGUGGCAAUCGAUGCCAAUGCUAUUUCCUUUGUCGCUAAUGAUUAG